UUUUCAUCAUCUUUCUAAUUUUGAAAACCCCAAACCCUCCUUUUGCACGAAGCUCUUUCGAAUUCGUCCCCGGAAAACCUUAAAUUUUCAAUUUGGUCCUCAUGGAUGGCGGAUCAGCGCAGUACAACCCUCGGACGGUGGAGGAGGUCUUCCGGGACUUCAAGGGCCGCCGUGCUGGCUUGAUCAAAGCCCUCACCACUGAUGUGGAGGAUUUCUACCAGCAGUGCGACCCCGAAAAAGAAAAUCUGUGCCUUUAUGGAUUUCCCAAUGAGCAAUGGGAAGUUAAUCUACCUGCAGAGGAGGUUCCUCCGGAGCUUCCUGAGCCUGCUCUGGGAAUUAAUUUUGCAAGAGAUGGAAUGCAAGAUAAGGACUGGUUAUCUUUGGUUGCUGUUCACAGUGAUGCAUGGCUACUUUCUGUUGCAUUCUACUUUGGUGCCAGAUUUGGAUUUGAUAAAAGUGAAAGGAAGCGUCUUUUUGGUAUGAUAAAUGAUCUGCCGACCAUAUAUGAAGUUGUUAAUGGAAAGGACAAAGUGAGGACACCAGCCAGCAAUCACAGCAAUAACAAAUCCAAGACAAACUCCAAACAGCGAGCACAAGAACCUCAGACCAAAAAUUUGAAGUCAAUUCAGCCAAAGGAGGAGGAUGAAGGUCCGGACGAGGAAGACGAAGAUGAGCAUGGAGAAACACUUUGCGGAGCAUGUGGUGAGAACUACGCAUCAGAUGAGUUCUGGAUCUGCUGUGAUGUCUGCGAGAAUUGGUUCCAUGGUAAGUGUGUGAAGAUCACUCCGGCAAGAGCUGAGCACAUCAAGCAAUACAAGUGUCCAUCUUGCAGCAACAAGAGGCCGCGUGCCUCUUGAUCAGCGCCUGUUCUCUGUCGAUUUGGUGAACUCAGCUAAACGCUAACGAUGUAAAAGCUCGGAUGUAGUUAUGCAGAAGGUUGGGCCUGUCUGUGCUCCUGAUUUUGUAAUUCCUUUGAAUAGAUGUGCUGUUUCUGGCUGUUUUAGGGUGUCAUAUCAUGUGGUUAUGUUGUGAUAUUUAUUUGCUGUUUAUCAUAGAUUAGUGGCAGCUUGCUAACCUUUCAAAGCUCAUUGUAGCAAUGUACAUCUCUAUUCGGUUUCCCAUUUUUAUUGGCUAUUGUUGUUUGUUAGGUGAUCAA